AUGGGGAAACCUGAUUCUGAAAUAAGUGAUUUGAAAAAGAAAAGAAUAAUGCGAAACUGUCGCAAGAAGCGAAGGCGACAACAACGGGCUAUAAACAAACGCACGGCUUCUGAAGCAGUUCUGGCGCGGAAAGUAAAUGACGGCUUAAUGGAGCAGAAAGCACUGGCCGAAAAAUAUCAUGACAAGUGGAGAAAAUUAUGCAGAGAAGCAAAAGAUUUACGACGUAAGAUACAAAGUCACUCGAGAAAGGUAAACUAUUUUCAAAGACAAAGCCCUGCUGCUAUUGUCAAGUCAACACUGAGUACAAUACAGAAAUAUUAAAAUGUGCAGCACAUGUUUAGAGUAUACUGGCUAGGAAAUUCCCUGCUAGUUUCUAUAAUGUCGUUUAUACCCUGACAAAGAAUAGGAGAAGUUCCUUAUAUAGUCUAUAUAGAAUUCUAGAUUUUAGUGUAAUUAUUAAAAUGGUACUAUUAAAUAAUUAUUUUAUAAGCAACAUGCAGUACUUAUAAAUGAAAUAUAUUUAUAAAUAAAUUAUCUACAUUGCUUAGAUUCCUUCAAGAUUUACAAUGUUGUAUAAAGGUUUUGCUAACUACACAUGAAAACAAUAGAUUGCAUGCUGUUCGAAAGUACGGGUAUUUAGGUUUUGGGAAUUGGGUGGGAGCUCCCCCCCCCAAAAAAAAAAAUUCAGGGAUUUUUUUAUUUGGAGGGAGUUCCCCUUCCUAUAGUCACAAACCUAGACAUUCUUUCCUGUGCUCACCUAUUUCCAAAUGAGGGGAUAGAAAUGUCUGGGUUCACCAACUGCACCUCUAUGUGAUUAUAUGCCUUAUCACUUACCAGUUUAAUUAAUAUUAAUAAUGAUAUUCAUAUUCCAUUUUGGGGGGAAAUUCUCCCCCCCCCCAAAUUUAGCUAUUUUCAGAUUUGUGGGGAAUUUAGGAUUUUUGGGGGAAUUCCCCCCGCCCCCAGCAAAAUACCCCUCAAAAUGUUGUAUUAACCCAUUAAGAUGCAAUGGAUUAUGGAUCAUUCCAAAAACAUCCCACAGAAGAAAUUGGAAAGUUGAACCCCUCCCCUUAUUACAUUUUAGCACAUUUAGGAAAUUUUAGUGCAUAUUAUUAUGAGGUGAAGAUCCCCCCCACCACCCUAACUUCCUGGAUGACCCAAAUUUCUUCCAUGGAGUAUCCUAUAGUCUCAUAAUUUUCUGGUAUAUCAUAUAUAUCCAUAUACCAAUAUGUAAAUACUGCAUGCACACUCUAUAAACUAUUGUAUACUUUGUAUUUUAAUUUAAUGUUUUGCAGGAACCAUCUGAAAAAUACUUCUUCAUCUUGUGAUGUUGGUUUCCUGAAUAAAUAUUAUCAUUCUUAUUAUCUGAUUUUUGAACAUUUUCUGAAAAAAAAUUUUUUUGUUAUUUUGAGCCCAUUAACUAUUGUACAUUAAGACUGCAUGGUUGAUUUUUUUCAAAAAAAUCUAAAUUAGGUGAAAAAAGCUCUCAAAGUUACCUUGUUUGAAAAUUUACCCCAUAGCAACGCCCUAGCAACGCAUUUAGGUACAAAAUUCACUCAAAAUUUCGUCCAAAAAUCACUUCAAACAAGUUUCUUUAUGUUUCUCCUUUUGGUGUAUGUGAUUUAGAAUCUUCUGACUUAGCUGCAUUGCGAUUGGUUGCUUUGGGGAGCCAUGGCAACGCGAUUUCUUUGUCUGUCUUGUGAUCGAUCGCAUUUGCAUUCACUGUGAAAUUAUCGACAAAAUUUUUUCUUAAAUUCCAAGUCGAAAAGUUGCUGUUCUAGUUUCCCAAAGAUUCGUUUUGUUAUUUGGAUUGUAAUUUAAAGUCAAUAAAUGAAAAAUACGAAGAACAGAGCGAUAAAAUCCGCCUUCGAAGACGGCGAAGAAAUUCAAACAUGGCGAAUCUCGUGACAAAGAAGCUGGACAUUCCAGAGCGAAAAUUGGCUCUCAGACAGCAAACUUUGGUGUUAAUACCGAAAUUAUAUAGACACUACAAGGAAAGGAACAGUAUUUAUGGAUUUGUCAAUUUUAUUUGGUGUCUUUGAUAACAUUUUGAAAUGUCCUGACAGUGGAGAUGAACAUGGAUAUUCUCAUUACAUUGUUUUACAGUUUGUGUGCAUAAAAAUAGUUCUACCCAGAAAACUUUCGGAUGGAAAAGGAAUAUCUGGUAAAGGUCAGCUUACUGAUGGUAAAAUAGAUGUUCUAGAAAAUUAUUACGGUCUGGCAAACAGAGAAGCCAAGCUGUAA